AGGCCCGUAGCCGUUCUGGCUCAAGGGCGCGCACGAGCGGCGCCGCCCUCGGCCCCGCCCCGCCCCCCGCGCCCCCCCGGUGAUGGACUUCGCGAGGGCGCGGUUCGGCAAUGGAGGCUACGCGGACAAUGGCCCGGCCAUGCUGCGGAUGCUGCUGCCGAUCGCCGAGGAGGCCCUCCGGGGCGCGACGGCGGGGGAACCCCACCAGGGGCUCGCGCCCGGCCCAGGGGUGCUGCCCCAGCCGGAGAAGUUUUUCUUCCGGCCCCGCACGGGAAAGAUGAACUGGCGGCUGCUGCAUUCGCUCGACAUGGACCGCGUGAUCCGCGAGGGCGACGUCGACGUUAUCCAUGCCCACCUUGAAAGCCUCACUUUCGCCAGAUUCGGAUCCGAGGACUUGGAGACGACAACCGACGAAUGUAUUAUCAAGGUCGUUCAGCUUUCCCAGCUGUGCAUGGAGUACCUGUCAAGCAUGUGCAACUCGUCACGGCAGAUGUUGUCUGCAUUGGUAGAGCAGGUCCGGCUGCAGGGCGCGAAGUGUAAGUCCCUGGAGGCCCGCUGCCGCGAGGGCAGGCGCCACCAGUCUGCGCCGCGCAGGCAGAGCGGCAGGAGCCUGUCCAGGGACUACGACAGGCGGGGCCACACGAUGGCAUGCAAGUGCCCGCACUGCUCGAAGAAGUUCCAGUCGGAGCAGUACCUGCACGACCACAUCGCGCGGAGGCACCCCGCGGAGGCGUCCCGGACGCUCCACGAGCCGCCGGCGGCGCGGCAGAUAGGAGCCGUGCAGGUGGACGCUGUGACCGCCGAGGUGGCGCGGGCCCUCGACGGGGCCACCGCGAGCCUGAAGGAGCAGGUGCAGGCAGUGCAGGAGGACUUCGCCAACAAGCUGUCGAGGGUGCAAGCGGACACCCAGCAGGGAUCCGAGCAGCUCCGGCGCGACAUCGGCAACCUCGAGCAGCUGAUGCGCGAGGGCCUCCAGCGGGCGCCGGCCGCGGCGGCGGCCGCGCCAGCGGCGGCACCGGCGGCGCUCGGCGGGGAGCUGCUGCAGACAGUGGAGAGGCGGCUGGAGGAGCAGGUGGCUCGCGUGUCUCGCGUCCUCGAGGAGAAGCAGAAGGAGCUGCUGGAGGCCAUGCACGCCGGUCGCGGCUCCGCCGCCUCGGCCCUGGAUGCCCAGCUGCAGGAGGCCCAGCAGCAGCAGCAGCAGCUCCAGCAGCAGCUCCAGCAGCAGCUCCAGCAGGAAGCGCAGCUGCGCGCCGCGCUGGGGCAGCAGCAGCUGCAGAACCGGCGGGCCGUCGAGCAGGUGCAGCAGAUCGAGCGCGACCAGCAGGCCGCGAAGCAGCGCCUGGAGGAGGAGGUGCGGCGCACCCUGGACCAGCAGGCCGCCGCCGCGGAGGCCGACGCCGCCAUCGCGAGGGCGGCGGGCGCCCGCGCGCGGCCGGGCGGCCAGGAGGCCGCGCCGCCGCCGCUGCCGCCCCCGGCUCACGCGCCGGAGCAGGCCCACCCGGGCCUGAAUCGAUCGUGGACCUCGCCAGCGCGGCAGGGGCCCGCGCCUGUUCGCGGCGGCGCCGCUGCCCAGGACGCGGCCGCGGCCCCGACCAGGAGGCCGAGCCAGCCGAAGGCGUCGACCUCCUUCGACCUGAAGGAGGCCGCUGCGAGUGCCAAGCUGCGGCGUGCGAAGUCGUCGGGCGGUCGCCUGCAGAAGCAGGCGGCGGACGACGAGCAGGAGUCGGCGUCCCUGCUUUGCGAGCUGAGCGAGCUGGGCGUUACGGCCGGCAACGAGAGCUUUGCCAAGGUGUUGGAGGAGGGCCUGAGCGAGUUGAAGACGAAGGCGGAGAAGGAACGCUUCCUCGUCUCCAUGACGCAGGAGCGCACGCGGCCUGUGCUGCCGGAUGGCAAGACGAAGCUCCGCAGGUUCGAGAAGGCGUGGGGGGACAGGCUAAACCCGGAGGAUUCCCGAGACGAGUUCAAAGUCGACGUGCCCGAACCGCUGGCCAAGGGUGGGCGACAGAAGAAGGGGACACCGACGAAGGAAAGCAGAGAGGGCAAGGAGCAGAAGCCGGCGGCGCAGAAGAAGAUGAACGCCAAGCGGCGAGAGGAGGUGGCACGCAGCGCUCUGAAGAGCAGCCUCGGGGGCUUCCUGCAGCGGUGUCGACUGGACCCCGACGCGCCAGCGGCGGCUGGCGAGGGGUCCUUCGGAGGCGGCCGCGCCGACCUGCCGGCGGCCGAGGCCCGGGUCGGCGUGCACGCGUCCACGUACGCGUCCGGCGACAGGGCUCCGCAGCACAUGCACGCUGCCGCCAGCUCCUCCGGCGGGAGCUUCAGCUUCGGCGGGCAGCGGCGCGAGGGCGGCGCGCGGGGGCCGCCCCCGGAGCCUGGCCCGGAGCCGCCGGAGGCGCUGCACCAGUCGGCGGAGUUCGGCAGGCUCCCCGCAGGCCGCAGCCCUGCACCGGGGCCGCAGGCCUCGCGGCAGCCCGACCUCGACGUGACGGGCGUGAGCAGCGUGCCGCGCCUCCAGGAGGACGAGGCCCAGCCCCUCAACGCCUCGGUCGCCAGCAGCUUCGGCUUCGACCGCGGCCACGGCAUGGACGUGAGCGGCCGCAGCCUGCCGCUGGCCAGCGCCUCUGGACUCCCCGCGGACACGUCGCAGGCGCACGCCUUGCACGCGAGCGCCGUGAGCAGCGCGCCGAGCCCCGCGGCCCCCGCGGCCCCGGCCCUGCUCGCACGCGGGCCGCCCGCGGGGAGCUUCGGCUCGGGCAGCGCCGGCGGCGGGGCUGGCAGGACGCCGGCGGAGCAGGCGCAGGCCCGCGCCCUCGACGCGAGCGCGGCGAGCUCCGUGGGCGGCGGCUUCGGCCCGAGCGCGGCCUCUGGCGCGGAGCCGGCGCGGAGCCCGGGGCGAGGCGCAGCCUCGAGCCCCGGGGGCGGCGCGUCGUUCGGGAGGGCGCCGGCCGAGGCGGUGCAGGCCUUCGACGCCAGCGCGGGGAGCGGCGCCUUCGGCGCCGUGGAGCAGCUGCAGUCCUUCAACGCGAGCGCCGUGAGCAGCGCGGCUGGGCCGGCGUUUCCGGUGCAGUCUGCGCCCGGGUCGUCCCCGGGCGGCGCCGUGCAGCCCUUCACGACGAGCGCGCUCAGCCAGAGCGCCCUGCGGCAGGGCGACCAGCCGACGCCCGGGACGGACGCCACGCAGCCGCGGCAGUUCGGCGCCUCGCCCGCGCCGGAGGCCUCCUUCGUCGACGGGCCUGGGCGGCGCCCCUCGGCCGAGCCGCGGCCGAGGGUCGGGCUGCCGGCGGGCGGUCCCCAGGGCGGCUUCCUGGAGGCCGCCUCGUUCGUCUCCGAGGCGUCGGGCGGGCCCGCGCCCCAGCAGCCCGCGGCCGCGCGCGGGGGCGCGCGCUCCAACAGCCCGGCCACGGUCUUUCAGCCCAGCGGCGGCGGCCUGGGGGCUUGGGGCGCGCCGGCGCCGUCGCCGCAGGCGCCGCAGGGCUUCGCUGCCCGCCGCGGGGAGCAGGACCUGGGGCCGAUGGACCUGAGCCAGAGCGCAGGAGGCGUGAAGCCCUUCUCCCCGACCAGCCUCUCGUCCGGCAACAGCCCGCCGCUGGCGCCGGCCCGGAGGGACGCCCCGGCGGCGCACCAGACCCCCGUGGACGACAUCGUCGUCGAUUCCGACUUCGACUGAGCCGGAGACGCGCACUGCCCGUGCCGCCGUCCGUUCUCUCCUCCAUGUCUGUAGCGACCUGCUGCCGCUGCCCCCGCCCGCCGCGUCGCUCUCCUUGUCCCUCUCGGCUUCUUCUUCCCUCGCCCGAGGAUUAUACUCUCAUCGUCCCCGUGCCUGUCCUUGGUUCUGUUGCGUCUUGCUCCCUAGCGCGAGGGGAGGCGUAGAUGGAUUCGUUCCAUCCUCUCCCUUCCCAGGACAGGCGCCCUCCCCCUGAGGCACAUCGUGCGAGCUUUGAGCCUCAGAUUGCUGCGAUCUCGCUAUCGCACUGUAUGGACUGCGCGCUGGCGGAAUUACUCUGCAGACCAGCGCGGGAGCUUGCUGGUUGCACGUCGCAUGGUGGA